AUGGGUCGUAAACGAAAACAACACGGUGGAAAUUUCAAGGGGGAAAAAUAUCAACGUAGCAAGAAACAGGAUGGCGGGAAUUUUUUUACAAAAAUAAGAAAAAAUCCAUUCUCGCAAAAACUUCUAAACGCGGGGAAACAGUUGGCAUUGGGUGCAUUGGGAGGGCAAACACAAGCAAGAAACGCCCCACCCCCUAUGCCUGUCCGAAAAAAUUACCAACAAAAAGGUGCAGGAAUCAAAAAGAAACGCAAGAGUGGACAUGCUACUAAACUUAGAAAUACUAUACCGUCCGCAAAACAUGUAAUGUAUCAUCAAUAA